AUGUUCCUCCAGCCGCGGCAGACGCAGACCGAGCUCCACGGCUACGCGGUGGAAUUCAGCCCGUUCGUGGACAAUUUGAUAGCAGUCGGAACGGCACAAUACUUCGGAAUCGUGGGUAAUGGCCGUCAGCACGUGUACGAGAUGCUCCCAGCGGGAGGAUUAGCUCCGAUCCGAGCGUUUGACACGCCACAGGGCAUCUACGACUGCGCGUGGAGCGAGAACCACGGACAGCAGCUCGUGAGUUCGUGCGCCGACGGGUCUGUGAAACUCUGGCACUUGCAGACACGCGACCAGUUUCCGAUCCAGAACUACCACGAGCACAAACAGGAGGUCUCUGGGGUGAACUGGAACUUAGUGUCGAAAGACUCGUUCGCGUCGGCAUCAUGGGACGGCACGGUGAAGAUCUGGAAACCCGAGGUGCCACACUCGAUCUUGACGCUUGCAGAGCACUCCAGCGCAGUGUAUAAUGCAGUGUGGAACACGCAAAAUAACUCGUUGGUAGCGUCGUGCUCCGGGGACGGAACUGUUAAGAUCUGGGAUCUCAACAGUGCACGCUCUGUUACAACGAUCGGUGCACAUAGCAACGAAGUGCUCGCUAUGGACUGGAAUAAGUACAACCAGUUCGAAGUUGUGUCCGGAUCGGCCGACUGCACCAUCAAAGUCUGGGAUAUCCGAAACCCGACACGUGAGGUGCGGAUGCUUCCAGGUCACAAUUAUGCUGUGCGAAGGAUCAAGUGCUCACCACAUGAUCCAGAUGUGAUCGCAUCGGCGUCGUACGACAUGUCGGUCGGGGUUUGGAACACUAAAUCACCAUAUCCGCGGCUUCAGAACGCGCAGCACCAUAGUGAGUUCGUGUUCGGCUUCGAUUUCAGUCUCUUUGUGGAUGGUUUAGUGGCCUCGUGCUCCUGGGACCGGCAGGUAGCUGUGUGGAAUUACUUCGGCGGACCACCUCCGUCGCCGCCGCGCUAA